ACGAGAGGAGGAGGAGGAGGAGCCAGUUCGAUAUUUUGAUCUUUUGAUCGUAUCCCCGUUUCUCGGGCGAUUGUUCGAUUCAAAGCCGCCAGUUCGCAACGAUUCCACUUAUAGUUCAUGAAUCCGGAUUGACCCGCGGAUACUCGCCGGAAGGGUCGUUCCGGAGUCAAAAUGGGUAGCUGUCUGUCUCUGGAGGAACAGAAGAAAGCUGCUGGCUCACCGCAUCAAGUUGAUCGACGAAUAGAUCCAUGUCGCCAGAAUAGCGUAAGCCUAUUGCCACCUCCCAAGGGUGUCGAAGACUUGCGGGUCGUAGCUGGAUAUGGAAAUGUCAACACAUUUACAUAUAGCCAGUUAAGUGCAGCUACCAAGAAUUUUAGGCCAGAUCAAAUUCUUGGAAAUGGGGGUUUUGGAAUUGUAUAUAGAGGCUUUUUAGAUGAGAACAUCAAGCCAGGUUUCAAGUCUACCCAAGUUGCUGUGAAAAAGUUGAAUCCAGAAGGUGUUCAGGGGGACAAGGAAUGGCUGGCAGAAGUCAAUUAUCUCGGGCAAUUAAGUCAUCCAAAUCUUGUUAAACUUAUUGGUUACUGCUGUGAAGGUGAUCAUAGACUACUGGUUUAUGAGUAUAUGGCUCGUGGCAGUCUUGAAAGGCAUCUUUUUCGACGGGUUUGCGUAACAAUGCCGUGGCCUACUCGGAUAAAGAUAGCCCUCGGUGCUGCAAAAGGACUUGCCUUUCUUCAUGCAGCAGAAAGACCCAUAAUUUAUCGAGACUUCAAGACAUCAAAUAUUUUACUAGAUGCGGAUUAUAAUGCUAAGCUUUCAGACUUUGGCCUUGCAAAGGAGGGACCCAUGGGAGAUGAAACUCAUGUUUCCACUCAAGUCGUGGGUACAGAAGGAUAUGCAGCUCCUGAGUAUGUAACGACUGGUCACUUAACUGCAAGGAGCGAUGUCUAUGGUUUUGGUGUUGUUCUCCUUGAGAUGCUCAUGGGGAAAAAGGCAAUGGACAAGAGUAGACCAAGUGAAGAACAUAACCUAGUUGAUUGGGCUCGCCCGUUCUUGACACACACCAGGAAGCUACUUAAGAUAAUAGAUCCUAGAAUGGAAGGGCAGUACUCGAGGAAAGCAGCCAUGGUGGUGGCUGGAUUGGUGCAUCGAUGCCUCAGCCAGACUCCGAAAGGGAGGCCCGCCAUGAACCAAGUAGUUGAGACCCUCGACAGCAUCCAAGAGCUGCCUGAGUGCAGGGAAGACACACUGCUUCAGAGUGGGGGAAACUCUCUGAUUCUCUUUGAGGCUCCAAAAGUGGACAAUAACACUAUCAAAAACUCUUCAACCAAGAAGGAAGCCGAAAACAAAUCAAAGAUGCAUGACAGGAGAAGAACAAAGCAUGGAAAUGGCAGGAGCAAAAGUGAAACGCCUAUGGUUUUUCACGCAUCCAGUCCCUCGCCAUAGCCAGCAUCAAGUCAUAGAAUCGACAUCAAGAAGUAGUAGAACCGCAUAACCAUCCCAUGAUUGAAGUGCAUAUGCCAUAGAGUUUAUUCUUCAAAAGUCAAUUGUUGUUCAGCACAUACACAAAAUUUUAGAUGGACAUUGCUCCAAAUCCUGAGGUGAUUGUAAUUGGUGUUCUUGCUAGCUUCUUGAUAUCAUUCCCAAUGGAUUUGCCAGAAGUUUUAACUGUUAGAUAUGGCCUCAAUUGUGGGACAUAAUUGAAACUGCAGUGGGUUUGUCUGUUCUUUUCUUCAUACGAAUGACAAGUUGGAUCAUUCCAUGAA